AGUAGAUGUGUCAAAAAUCUAUUGCUUCUUAGAAGGCCAGAAUGAUGCUUUGAUCACAGUCACAUUUGACCGGCAGUUUAGUUUUGCUUUCUUUCUCGUCCUGUUAAGGUUUUAUAUUUGAACUGGAGAUUGAUACACAACUUCAGUCAUGAUUAAAAUAGCCUUCUACUGCUUUAUCGCUUGUUUUGUGAGCUUGACUCACGCAUUAUAUCCUUCCAGUUCGGACGUAAUUGAACUCACACCAAGCAACUUUAAUAAACUUGUUAUCAACAGUGAUGAAGUGUGGGUUGUGGAAUUCUAUGCACCAUGGUGCGGUCAUUGUAAAUCAUUAGUACCUGAGUACACAAAAGCUGCAUCAGCGUUAAAGGGUGUUGUCAAAGUUGGAUCUGUCGAUGCUGAUGAGCACAAAUCACUAGGUGGUCAGUAUGGUGUUCGUGGCUUUCCUACAAUUAAAAUCUUUGGAAGCAACAAGAACAAACCAGAUGACUUCAAUGGCCAGAGGGCAGCUCAAAGUAUUGUGGAAGCAGCUUUAAAGGCUGCCAAAGACAAGGUUGAGGGGCAAAUGGGUGGUGGAAAAAAGAAAUCUUCCAGCUCUAGCAAGGAUGAUGUAAUUGAACUUACUGAUGAUAACUUUGAUAAACUAGUCCUGAAAUCAGACGACAUCUGGCUGGUUGAGUUUUAUGCUCCUUGGUGUGGCCAUUGCAAAAAUUUGGCUCCCCAUUGGGCUCAAGCAGCAAGUGAACUAAAAGGGAAGGUUAAACUGGGUGCUCUCGACGCAACCAUCCACACAUCAAAGGCCAGUCAAUAUGGCAUCCAGGGUUUCCCUACAAUUAAGUAUUUCCCUGCUGGCCCCAAAACUUCCUCUUCGGCUGAAGAAUACGACGGUGGCCGAACAUCAGGAGAUAUCGUCACCUGGGCUUCCAACAAAGCUGCGGAAAAUAUUCCUGCUCCAGAAAUCAAACAACUGACUGGCGAAGAUGUGAUGAAAUCAAACUGUGUAGAUCAUCCGCUUUGCGUUGUCGCAAUUCUUCCAAAUAUCUUAGACUGUCAAUCAGAAUGUCGUAAUGGAUAUUUGAAAACAUUGGCAGCUCUUGGAGACAAGUACAAGAAGAAAAUGUGGGGGUGGAUCUGGUCUGAAGCUGGGGCACAGCCUGAAGUAGAGGAUGCUUUAGGUUUAGGUGGUUUCGGCUACCCUGCCAUGUCUGUGUUCAGCCCCAAAAAACUUAAAUAUUCUGUCCUUCGUGGAUCGUUUGGAAAUGAUGGUAUCAACGAGUAUCUGCGAGAUCUAUCUUAUGGACGAGGAUCCACUUUCCCAGUCAAGGGUGCCACCAUUCCUGCUGUUCAAUCCAUCACACCAUGGGAUGGAAAAGAUGGACAACUUGAAAUUGAAGAGGAAAUUGAUUUGUCUGAUGUAGACCUAGAUGAUUUAAGUAAAGAUGAGCUGUGAAACACUUCGUUCGGCUAUAAAGCAUUUUCAUCGAAUUCUUGUUCGGGGAUUUUCACGACGUGUUGUGAAGACGCGUGUUGAUCCUGAACAUUAUUAUGUUUGUCAUAUUUCAUUUUUCAUUCUCAAAAUAAAACUGUCAUACCUUGACAUUUCAUAGUU